AUGUACCUAGCGCAAAGUACACGUCCGGAUAUUUGCUAUGCGGUUAAUGUGCUUAGCAGAUUCAAUUCCAAUCCUGGCGAACGACACUGGAAUGCAGUGAAACAUCUGAUGCGGUAUGUAAAAGGAACCUCCAUAUAUCGCCUAGUAUACCGUCGCAACAAGCAGUCAAUAAUCGAAGGAUUUUCGGAUGCCGACUGGGCUUCAGACCAUGAUGAUAGGAAGUCCACUACGGGAUACGUGUUUACCGCUCAAGGAGGAGCCAUAUCGUGGUGUUGCAAACGGCAACAAACCGUGGCUUUAUCCACCUGUGAGGCCGAAUAUAUGGCCUUGUCGGCUGCGGUUCAGGAAGCUUUAUGGUGGAAGCGAUUGCGAAGUUUGUUCGAGGAGGAGCAGUCAAUUAUGAUCCAUUGUGACAAUCAAAGCGCAAUAUCCGUGGCAAAGAAUGGUGGGUAUCAACCAAGGACCAAACAUAUCGAUAUCCGUCACCAUUUUAUCCGUGAUGCUUGGGAGAAGGGCGAAGUUAGGAUUGCUUACAUCAGCACAGACAAGCAGACCGCCGACGGAUUGACCAAACCAUUACUAGCUGCAAAGAUGGAUUUAUGUCGUGAAGCUAUGGGAUUACAACGACCCAUGGGUUGA